UCUCUGAGGGAGUUCGUCUGUUCAUCCCCUACCCUAGAAAUAGACCCUGGUCGGCAUGGUCUAAAAUCUAGUUACCAAUUCUGAAUCAAGUCAGCGAAAUCCGAACCGACAUCUCAGGCGUGUGACGCAUGGACUAGCUAGCAAGCUUUACCUGCUAGCUAGCGUUCGUUCCGCCGCCAUGAAUCCGUCCAAGGCUGACGCCGCGCCGACGGGGCCCGCUCCCCCGGCGGGCGCAAUGCUGCCGGCGCCCAGCCCCGCGCGCUCGCCAGGCACACCGCGCCGACGAUCUCCGCCUCCGCCCGCCGCGGGUCAGCGGCAGGCGGGGAAUCCCAGCAGCGCUUCUGGCGCGGGGAGCGGCAGUGCGGGGAACGGCGGCUCGCGCAACGUCAAACGGCCGUCGAGCAGCAGCGGGAUUCCCGGCGCUGGCAGGGAGCGCACGGUGCGGCGGCUGCGGCUGUCGAAGGCGCUGAUCAUAGCGGAGAGCACGGCGGUGGCGGAGGCGGCGCGGCGCAUGGCGGCGCGGCGAGUGGACGCGUGCCUGCUGACGGACAGCAACGGGCUGCUGUGCGGGAUCAUGUCGGACCGGGACAUUGCCCUGCGGUGCAUAGGGGAGGGCCGGCGCGCAGACUCCACGCCAUGCCACGUCAUCAUGACACGUCAGCCCCAGUUUGUGCGCAUCAGCUCCUCCGCAACGGACGCCCUCAACAAGAUGCUGCAAGGGGGCUUCCGGCACCUGCCGGUGGUGGCGCGGGGCGAGGUGGUGGCGAUGCUGGACGUGGCACGGUGCCUGUACGACGCCAUUGCGCGUUCCGAGCUCCUCGCCGAGAGGGCCAUGCACGGCCAUGCGCUCGCUGCCGCCGCCGCCGCUGCGGAGGACGCCCAGGGGCAGCCAGGGGGGAGAGGCAGCGCUGGGUUCCUGGGGUCACUGCGUGAUAGGAUAGCUCGGCCCACCCUUGCCACUCUCAUAGGCGACGAGACAAGUCCAGCAACCGUGGACCCCAACGCCACAGUGGCAGCAGCAGCUGCCACCAUGCAGCGCCGGGGCGUCACCGCCGUCAUUGUCAUGCCUGCUGCACACCCACACUCCUCCUCCGCCGCCGCCGCCGCCGCCGCCACCACCACCACCAACCACAGCAACGGCGCUGCGACGAGUCCUGCUGCUGCUUCAGCCGCAUCCCCAGCAGCAGCAGCAGCGGUGGCGCGUGCAGGGAGCAGUGGAUCCGGAGGGGGGCACAGCCGUGCAGGCAGGCCCAUGGGCAUCCUGACGUCCAAGGACAUUCUGCUGCGGGUGCUAGUGACAGGGCUGGACCCCAACAUUGUGCAGGUCAAGAAGGCCAUGACAGCGAACCCCGAGUGUGCGGGUUUGAGCACGCCAGUGGUGGAGGCGCUGCACCUCAUGCACGACGGCCGCUUCCUGCACCUCCCUGUCGUCGACAAAGACGGCAACUGUGUGGCAUGUGUCGAUGUCAUUCACCUCAUACAAGAGGCACUCUCCGCCCCACAGUGCAUGCCAGCAGCGGGGGAGGGCAGCAGCAGCAGUGGCGGCGGCGGCAAGAACGAGGCGCUGAGUGCUCUGAUGCAACGGUUCUGGGACUCUGCCCUGCGCCUGGACGCCUCCACAGGGGAUGACGCCUCCAGUGUGCGCAGCAUUGAUUUCUGGGACGCGUCUCGAGCUGCCUCUGUGUCGUCCAUGCCCUCCUCGCGCCUGCCCACCACUGCUCGCGCUCCACCUCUCCUCGCCACCACACCUGCUCCAGCGGCAGGAGCAGGAGGAGCAGGGAGAGCAGGGGGAGUAGGGGGAGCAGGGGGGGCAGGGGGGGCAGCAGCAGCAACAGGAGGAAGAGGGGCCGACGCAGGGGGAGGCCAGACAACACCAGGAACAACGCCCUCUCCUGUCGUUCCUUCAGCACCAAGCCGCACCACCAUCCUCCCCACCGCUGCUUCUCCCUCUGCUGCUCCAUCUGCUACUUCCACAGCUUCCUCAGCAGCAGCACCAACCCAUGCCUCUCCCCUGCACUCCCUCCCUCCUCCCCACCCCCCUUCGCGUCCCCUCUCCGAUAUAACCGAGGGGAAGGCGGUGUCUGGCACAGGCGGGAUCGUGGGUGUGGGAAGUGGGUCAGGAGGAGAGGGAGGCGCGGGGUUCGGUGCAGGGGGCAUGGUGCCGGGGGGGCUGGGGGGGCUGGGAGGGUUGGGAGGGCUGGGAGACAUGCGAUUUGCUUUCAAGAUGGAGGACCGGAGAGGGCGCGUGCACCGAUUUACUGCUGGGCGGGAGAGUGUGACGGAGCUCAUCUGUGCCGUGGCGUCUCGCCUUGGUCCCGACUACGACCCUAACAACCCGCCUGCUGUCAUGUACGAGGACGAGGAGGGCGACAAGGUGGUGCUGUCCACGGACGAGGACCUGCAGGCAGCCGUCACCUUUGCACUCGCCUCCAACUGCAAGGGCAUCAAGCUCCACCUGGACUUCUCAGAGCCUCAGCUGCCACCUCAACAGCCAAGCCCCAUGCAUCCCCAGCAGCAGCAGCAGCAGCAGUACCAUCCCUACCCAUAUCCCAAUGGCCCCCCAGCCUCCGUGCCACAGCCGCCCUUCACAGCCUAUGCAUACCCUGCCAUGCCUGCCAAUGGCGGCCCUGCUAGCAUGGGCGUCCAAACCGCCCAACCUCCUCACCUCUUCCACUUUCAGCAGCAUCAACAACACCCACCGCCGCCGCCGCUGCCUCAGCAGCAGCAGCAGGAACAAGUGCAGAGUUUGGUCUUUCUCCAACAAUACAUUCCUCCACACGUGCACAGCCCAGAGCACCUACACCGCCAGCAGCAGCAUCAGCAGACAGGGUCCCUCCCGCUGGCUCGCAGCCCUGCGCCAACUGCAUCUGACGGCGGGCUCCCUCCCCUCCCUCACUCUCCUGUCUUCCUCCGCCGAGCUGGCAUUCCCACCCGGCCCCCACUGCCUGCAGCAGCAACAACAGCAGCGGCAGUAGCAACAGCAACAGCAUUUGCGUCCAGUGGUUCCGCUGCGACUCCUGGCGUGGCUGCGCCGAUCCGUGUGCCAUACGCUGCCAUACAGGCGGCCAUGGCUUCACCUGCCGCUGCCCAUUCUCCCUCCAUCCCUGUCAGAGUUGCCACUGCCACAUCUGCUCACUCCACUGCUGCUCCUGCUGCUGCUGCUGCCGCAGCAACGGCACCGGCAGCACCGGUGUCCAAUGCUCAUGGGUCCACCUCCCACGCCUCUGCCAAUGCUGCUCCUUCCCCUGCACCAGCUGCUGCUGCUUCUUCUCCAGCAGCAGCAGCAGCGGCAGCCACUAUCCGAGCGGCGGGUUCCUCUGUAUCCAGCAGGCGCCACGGGUUUCCUGUUCGAGGAGACGCCCCUGCGCCCACUGCAGACACUAAGCCAUGGCAAUCCAAGAAGGCUGAUGCUGAGUCUCCUGCUGCUGUUGCUGCUGCUUCUUCCUCUGCGCCAAGUGUGUCUCGGUCGCGUUACUCGUCUGCUUAUUGGGAUUCGUCCACGGCUUGGGCCUAUGCUGGAGGUGCCACCACUGUGGUUGCUGCGGUUGCUGUUGUAGUGGCAGCUGCAGUGAUUGCACGAGGUGGACGAGUCUAGGUGGGCCUUGGGCGCAUGUACCCUUCAAGAAAGUGUGUGUGCCAUUGAGGGUUUUGUGGGGGUUUGCAGGCCAAUUGUGGCGCCUUGAAAUCUUGCAUCUUGCAAUACGGGCUUCGAGCAUGGAAGUGCGUUAGGCUACCUCUUCACGUGGGUUCCAUUUUCUGCUUUCAGGUUCUUGAAGAAGCAGCCAUGAGCAGGAAACUUUUUCAGCUUAUCAUAUUGCACAUUUUGAGGUACGGUGAAACAAUACUAUACUUCGUGUUAUGUAUCAGAAUUGAAGAAGUGAAUAGAAGGAAAGAGUCAGG